AUGUUGUUCCUCCUCAUUUCUCUCCUCGUGUUCCCUUUGCUUGCGCAGGGCCGAACUGAACAAUGCAAGUUCUACCCCGUUAUUAGCAAGACCGGGGGCAAAAUCACAGAUUGUCUGGCGCAGGAUCAUCGGUGGAAGGUAGCCAGAUGCCUUCUUCAACGCAACUCACUCGAUUACACCAUGCAGUGCGCUGGCUGGAAGAAAGAUGAGAAGCUCACAUUCGACCUAUCGCUCCACCCUCGGGCUCCGGAUAUUGACAUAGUACCCUCGCUCAACACUUAUGACUUUACAUCUAAGACCUGGAACCCAGUAACGUGGAAAAGGGAUGACGAUGAUGUAAUAACCUUCACCCCUCGCGGACUCAUCGUUGCAGCCGCCCAGUAUUGUACAUACCUAAAGGACUGCCGAAAGGAGUUCUUCGGUCAAGUCUUGGCAUGUCCCUACGAAGACAUGCGUGAAUUCAUACCUUGCUUGGCGUGCGAGGGUACAACGGCCAAAGACAUCACCGACUUUGAAAGAUUUAUUCGGCGCAAGCAGUUUGGGCGAAUAAGCUACGACUUCACUACUGAGGCUAUGAAUUGGAGAAAAUAUGCCGAUGUCUCAUUUUGCGACGACGAGCUUGACCCUGAUGAAGAUGGCGACGAUGAUAAUCGCAAUAUAAAAGCUCGCGACCAGGGAGAGGCUACGGUAUCCUACCUGUACACAUAUACUAGAUCUAUCAGAUAUCCGAUCAGCGACCCCCCUACUCCCGAUGCUACUGGACUACCAAGUAAUCCAACUCAGACAGCGGGAGACGGCGAUGAAGAAGAAGAUGAAGACGAAGUUGCAUCUGUAACGAAGGAUGUUGCUGCCGGAACUGUCAAGCGAAAAGAGGCUGCUCCGACAACUACAAAACCACCAGAAACCAUUACCUCGAGUCCAACAAAUAACGGCACUGGUAGAUAUGCAGUCGUGGAUGUUGGUAUUUUAGGGAUGCUAUCAGUGGUCACCGCUCUACUCUUAGUUUAG